AUGCACCGUGGCUUCGCAGAUGCGUCAGAGAGUGGCUACGCUGCUGUCGUAUAUUUCCGCUGUCAGAUGUCUAAUGGUGACACCAUCAUUCACCCAAUAAUCUCAAAGACUCGUGUCUCUCCUCUCAAAAGAGUAACUCUUCCUCGCCUUGAGCUUUGUGCUGCUCAUCUUCUCGCGCAAUUAGUAGCACAUUGUCAUUCUCUCUUCUCAGAUAAAAUUGCCAUCAAAAAUAUCUAUCUAUGGAGUGACUCCUCGAUAGUCUUGACAUGGUUACGGACUCCACCCUACAAACUCAAGACAUAUGUAGCCAACAGGGUUUCUCAAACUCAAGAACUUGUUCCCAUCGACUCUUGGCGACACAUAUCAAGUACUGAUAAUCCUGCAGACUGUGCGUCAAGAGGAAUUUCUGCUUCCCUACUUGUCAACCAUCCACUCUGGUGGACAGGCCCUCCUUGGCUUAAGCUCCCCACUUGUCAUUGGCCUACCUCGCACUUCAUUCCUGAGGACCUUUCUUCGUCAGAAGAAAUCAAGAAGACACCUUUAGUUGUUCUUACAUCAGCUCCUCAAAAGGAGUGGGAACUUCUUUCUGCCUACUCAUCGUGGAACAAACUCCAACGCAUUGUCACUCUUCUUAACCGCUUCAUUCACAAUUGUCGUCAUCAAAAUGACCGCCUCAGUGGUCCUCUCUCAUCGUCUGAAAUCUCCAAAGCUCGUCUCAAGAUCUUCCAUCAUGUUCCACAAGCCACCUUUGCAGAUGAAAUAGUGUCCCUCCAAAAGAAGCGUGACUGCUCCACCAGACUACAACGUGAAACACCAUUUCUUGACUUUGGUUAA